AUGUAAUAAUAAUAAUAAUAAAUGGCUUAAGAAAAGGAGAUCGAGAUAAAAGAGGAAAAAGAAUAAACUCAAGAACACCAUCAUGACCACGAUCAUGAUCAUGCUCAUGACCAUGACCAUUCAGAUUCUGAUGAUGGUAACAAUCCAAAAGGAGGAGAUGACAAAGACAAGAAGGCCAAUAGAGGAGAAAAAAAAUUCAGAAAGGCAAUGCUCAAAUUGGGAAUGAAACCAGUCGCUGGAAUCAAUAGAGUCACUAUCAAAAGAGGAAAAUAAUUCCUUCUCUAUAUUGAUAACCCAGAAGUCUUAAAAUCAGCCAAUGUUGAUAAUUCCUACAUUGUGAUUGGUGAAGCCAAAGUGCAUGACCCAACUGGUUAAAUUGGCAAAAAAGAAGCCGAAAAUUUAGCUCAAUAAGUUCCAAAAUAAGAAGAAAUCAAAGAACCAAAAGCUUCUGAAGCCACAGAGCAAGUCAGUGAUGAAGGCAUUCCCCCUGAGUCCAUCAAAAUGGUCAUGGAACACUGUAAAUGUGAUAGAAGUAAAGCUGUCGAAGCACUCAGAAAAUCAGACAAUGAUACAGUUCAAGCCAUUCUCACCUUAACUGGAUGAUCAUUCAUUAUUAAUGUAUAAGUAUAAUAAAUAUAUAUAAAAUAUUUAUCUAUU